AUGCCUGCGCCGCUCCUCGUAUACGUCACUUGCUUCACCUUUCUCUGGAUAUGUGCAAAAGCGGAUGAUCCGUCGCCAGUGUUGGGGGGCGCGCGGCCAGCUAAUGGCACCGCGGAGCCCCCCGACCUGCGAUCCCCAAUGGGCCGAGUCCCACAAUAUCAACCACCUGGCUUGGGACCUGGGGGCUUGGCCCCACCGCAGAGCUUUUGGCCUCACAAUCCGCAUACGCGCGUCGAAACCUGGCACCACCGUCCCGCCUACACUCGCAUACACACAGUAUCUCACGACUCCGAGUUGGAUGACCACCAUGUCGACGUUGACGCAAACUGCCACCAGCCUUGUGCUAAACAACAAUUUUCGUGUCAGAAAUCGUGCACCUGUAUACCAAUAGAAAAGCGCUGUGACGGUAGAGUGGAGUGUGCCGACGCAGAAGAUGAGAAGAACUGCACUCCAGCUUGCGAUGAGAAUCAGAACCGUACUCUGUGCCAUAGCACCAGCGUCUGCAUCAAAGAGGAGUGGUUCUGUGAUGGAGACAACGACUGCGGCGACUACUCCGAUGAAACCCAUUGCGGUGGGACAAUGAACUGUACAUCGCAGCAGUUUCAAUGUGCUAACGGACUGUGCAUCCACAAGGACUGGGUGUGUGACGGCGAUAACGACUGUCGAGACAACUCCGAUGAAAACAACUGCAUCAAGGGCAAAUGUCGAGAGCAUCAGUUCAUGUGCGCGAUUGGGGAAUGCAUAUCUAAACAUUGGCGUUGCGACAAGGAAGCUGAUUGUCCUGAUAGCUCUGACGAAGCUGAUUGUCCUGUGGAUCUUUUGCGGUGUGGUGAGAAUGAAUUCCAAUGCGACAACAAGAGAUGCAUUCGCAAAGAUUUCCAAUGCGAUGGUGAUAAUGACUGCGGUGACUGGACUGAUGAAGACACGUGUCCUAUGCUGCCUGGAAGCUGUAAUGCUGGAGAGUUCAGAUGUAGCGAUGGCAAAUGCAUACCAGAUCGCUGGCGGUGUGAUACUGAAAGAGAUUGUGCUGAUAGUGGCGACGAACUCAACUGUGAACCAAACUCCAUGCGAAACUGCACCGAUGACGAGUUUACUUGUGCUGAUCGACGAUGCAUUCUGAAAACUUGGCUCUGCGAUGCUGUCCGUGAUUGCACAAACGGUGAAGACGAAAUGAACUGUGAAGUGCAUUGUGAAGAAGAUCAAUACACAUGCAAAACUCAAGAUCAUCUCAUCAGCAGUGCAUUCAGGAAUUGUGUGAACAGGAAACACGUUUGUGAUGGCAUGAAGGACUGCCCAGAAGGAGAUGACGAAGAGAAAUGUCCUGUGAAGAGAGCAUGCACUUUCGAAGAUAAAUGUGACCCUGAUAUGUGUAUUACGACCUACGACGGACAUCCAGCUUGUACCUGUCCAUUGGGUUUCCUGUUAGACUACAACAAUCACACCUGCCGCGAUAUAGAUGAAUGCAUGUACGAACAGGAUCCAGUUUGCUCUCAAACUUGCUCCAACACCGUCGGUAGUUUCAAAUGUGGUUGCAUGACUGGAUACGUCUUGAGGCCCGAUGGACGAUCUUGUAAACCUACAGGAGAAUCACCCACUCUGUUGUUUUCUAACCGCGUCGGUAUACGACAGGUUUGGCUAACUGGCGAUAACUACAUGCCAGUAGUAAAAGGUCUUCAUAACGCGGUUGCUUUGGACUAUCACUACGAAAAACAACUUGUCUUCUGGACUGAAAACAACCUCAGAGUCAUCAGGGUAGCUCAAAUGAACAACAACAACUUGACUGAUGUAAUAAGGUGGGGGUUAGAAACACCCAGUGGAGUAGCCGUAGAUUGGAUACACGAUUUGCUGUUCUGGACGGAUUCUGGUACUCGACGUGUAGAAGUAACGACGCUCGAAGGAAACCAAAGAGCGGUCAUAGCUGCCAAUGAUCUGGACAAACCAAGGGCUAUAGCAGUGCAUCCCGGAGAUGCUUUGGUGUUCUGGACUGAUUGGGGUCCCAACCCAAAGAUAGAGCGUGCUGAUAUGGACGGCAGUAGACGAAAGAGUAUUAUUGUGGAUAAAAUCUUUUGGCCAAAUGGAUUGACCAUCGACUAUACAGAGUCCAAGAUAUACUGGGCAGAUGCUAAACACCAUGUUAUUGAGAAGGCUUCGUUUGAUGGGCGAGAUCGGAAAAAGGUAACCAAUAAAGGGCUUCCUCAUCCAUUUGCACUGACACUGUUUGAAGACGCUAUCUACUGGACCGACUGGCACACCAAGAGUAUUUCUACCGUCAAUAAGAACACAGGCAUGGGAAUACAGACUGUCCACGCAGGGCUUAACGUUCCCAUGGAUAUUCAUAGCUACCACCCGCUGAGGCAAAUAAAGACCUACAAGAAUCGUUGCGGCACUAACAAUGGAGGUUGCUCCCAUUUCUGUCUUCCGAACAGCAACGAUCACUCUUGUCGGUGCCCCGUUGGAUUCAACUUGAACUCGGAUGGUCGAACUUGCGAACAAACACCUGAGAAACUACUGUUAUACGCCCGUAAGAAAGACAUCAGAUUGAAACAACUUAACCCUAGGAAAUCAACUGAUUCUUUGGAUAUGGUGAUUCCAGUAGAAACGAUAAAGUCAGCUGUGGCAUUGGACUGGGAUCACAACACCAACUCGAUAUUCUGGACGGACGUCGACAAGGAUACCAUCAAUCAUGCCUACUUGAAUGGAUCACAGCAACGUGUUAUCGUUGGAUCUAAUUUGAUUUGGCCAGCCGGUUUAGCAUACGAUUGGCUAACUGAUAAGCUGUACUGGACUGACGCUGGUACCAACCGGAUUGAGGUAGCUAAUGUUGAUGGAAGCAUGAGAACUUUACUGGCUUGGGACAAUAUCGACAAGCCGAGGGAUAUCGUAGUCGAUCCUAAAGGUGGCGUAAUGUAUUGGUCCGAUUGGGGUACCAAUCCGUGUAUUGAACGGGCUGACAUGGAUGGAGGGAAUCGACGGCGACUGAUUUUCGGUAACAUGACUUGGCCCAACGGACUGGCAUUGGAUCUGAAGAAUAGCCGCAUAUACUGGACUGAUGGAGGGAACCAAACUAUUGAGUACGCCAACUUGGAUGGUACAGGAAGAACAGUAUUGAUAGGCCAACAUCUGCCACAUCCUUUCGGGCUGGAUCUAUUCGGAGACGAGGUGUUUUGGACGGAUUGGGAUACUCAGUCAAUUCAAGCAGCCAACAAAUACACUGGAAAGAACCGACGUACUCUUGGCGCUGGUGUGGCUGGCCUUAUGGACGUUCGAGUUUUCCACAAAGAACGAGUUUCUGGAGUCAAUAGAUGCGGCAAGAACAACGGUGGAUGCUCACAUCUGUGCUUGUUGAAACCUAUGGGGAGAUCGUGUGCUUGUCCCAUUGGAAUUAAAAUUGGCAAGGAUGGGAAGACAUGUGCAAAUGGUCCCGUAAACUACUUGAUAUUCGCACAUCGUGUAGAUAUCCGAGUGGUUUCUUUAGACGUGCCAUAUUUAAUCGACGUUCCACUACCACUGCCAGUGCUCAAGAACGCCUUUGGAGUUGACGUAGACCAUAAAACAAGUCUGAUCUACUGGACGGAUACUGGUGAAAGGAAGAUACAGCGCGCCAACCGAUCUGGCAAAGACAUUGAAACAAUCAUAGGCAAAGGAUUACACACUGUCGAUGGAAUUGUGAUUGACUCUACUGGCCGUAAGAUUUACUGGACAGAUGGAGGCAGGAAUAGUGUCGAAGUAGCCGAACUUGAUGGUUCUAACAGAAAAGUACUUGUAUGGACUGGUUUAGAUUCUCCCCGCGCUAUUGCACUGCACUACGAGUACGGAUACAUGUUUUGGUCGGAUUGGGGCACAUCUGCCAAGAUUGAAAGAGCUGACAUGGAUGGCACUAACAGGCGGGUCAUUGUGGAAAACAACAUCAAGUGGCCGAACGGUCUUGCUAUCGAUAAAAUUGAAGGUCGUCUGUACUGGAAUGAUGCUAAAGUCCUCUCUAUCGAAAGCUCUGACUUCAAUGCUGUGGACUUCCACUGGGAACAUAAAUUGUUAUUCUACACUGACGUCGAUAUGGAUGUAAUCAGAUCAAUAAACAUGAUGAACAUGAGUGACACGAAGGAUGUGAUCAAAGGCAAUAUGGGUAUUCCAAAUGGACUGGGAGUAGACUGGAUCGCGAACAAUAUCUACUGGACGGACAAUGAAUACAAAGUCAUAGAAGUAGCACGGUUGGAUGGCUCCUCGAGAAAAACUCUGCUUAGCAAUCUGAGUGAACCUAGGGCUCUAGCUCUGUUUCCAGCUAAAGGGUACCUUUACUGGAGCGAUUGGGGUCAAACUCCAUGCAUUGAGCGAGCCUUCCUUGACGGUAGCCAAAGACAAGUGAUUGUGAUUCAAGAUGUAGGUUUCCCCAAUGGAAUAACUAUUGAUUACAAGGACAGGAGGCUGUACUGGACUGAUGCUUUGAGGCACAGGAUAGAUACAUCCGACCUGAAUGGACAACAUCGAGUGCAACUCAUUCCAGAAGCUAAGAACCCGUUCGGAAUGACUCAGUUAUGUCAACGAUCCAGAGCAUUUUUAUUCCUGAACGAAAUACAAAGGAGAUUCAUAGCAAGCAGGCGGAGUAAAGAAGACUUCACGACAGUGCUGGCAGCCGAAAUGUAUCGAUACAGUGAGGACUACAGCACUAUUGUUAUCAGAAAAGGCGAAUUGGAUGAACUUAAUAGUAUCGGCGUUGGAUGCAGUGAAAGUAUUCUUGGCGAGAAGAUACUAUACAUCAACAAUCCACACAUUAUUUCAUACAGUACUAUAUCACAAGUGAGCGCGACUCCAUCACUUCUAUCAGUGUCAGGCAUAAGUUCAACCGAAGAAGAAACAACUGAAAGUCUACAUUUAGAUGAAGUAUCACAAAAUACACAACUCGCCAAAGAAAACAAUACUUUAAGGGGCAUAUCAACAGUUUGCCCAAACCAAGAAAGUAUAUCAGUAAUACCACCAAAGGAAAGCGUUCAAAACAUGUUUCCAAGACUGUACAUAGUAAUUGUAGGAAUGAUUAUACUUGUUAUAGCUUUGUCCGUGUGGGCCUUCGGACCCUUUUCUUGUGUUGUGGUCACCGGUAUAGGAAUAUAUUCGCUCUUACGAUCUUAUGAUGGUUGCAAAAAUAAAUCAGAUUAA